AGUUAUUACUUAUUAGUUAUUUUAUUUUUCUGGAAAAAUUUUUUUGGUGGGAUGGUGGGGAAUCAUUUAUUUUUUUUCCGGGCAAUAAUUUUUUUGGCGGUCAAAAUUUCAAACUUCAAAUCACUUUUUCUCCAAUAAAAUACUCAAAUGCGAGAACCAAGUUUUCAUGGGUACGGGUACGGAUACGGGUUGAAAGAUGAAUGUGCUCGUUGCCCGUAACGUAACGAAAAACAAGAUGGUUUCCGUGAGCGUGAGCAGCUUUUAAAACGCCCUCUGUCGUGGUAUCUAGGUACGACAUUAUUAUCAUCAACAUUGUUAUCAAACACUGAUAAGUAAGAAAUAGUGAAAAAGUGGAAUGGAAUAGUUACUUUAUUCAGUCCGUAAUUAUUACUUAUAUCUAGAUCGAAUAAUAAUUUUGGUAUUUUUUCACUGCUGCACAAUCGUUUGUAUCGGGUAUUUGUGAUCAACCGACAUUCAAUCAUCUGUUUCGGAUUAAUCAAGUUCUUCAGUUUGGUGAUUUCUGUUGCGGCUCAGAUGCAAUCAUACAGACACGUACGUGGAAUGUCGAGAAAUGACUUGGUUUAGUGGCGGUCUCAGUCUCAGCAAUCUCAAAGAUCAAAUUAAUUCGCUGAUCAACGACGACGAUGAUGGCUUCAGGGAGACCAGUACACCAGUUAACGAAGAAUCGAAGCUUCCAGACAAUAACGAAAAAGUAACGCUCACACGCAAUUUAGGAACUUCUGCGGAAACCAGCGAUCAGGUCGAAGAUUCAUCGACGUCGAAUCCAUUACCGUUCAUUUAUCGCAAUCAUGUCGUCAAGUACAGUAAAACUUUGAAUAAUUUUCUAAACGAAGUGAGUUUUCUAAACACCUCUCUGGAAGAUGUAGUCGAUGAUAUCGAAAAAUACGUCGAUGAAAACGAUAGCUUGCGAAACGAGGUUAGAAUUUUGAAAGAUUCGAAGUCAGACACGAUACACGAUUCGACGCCGAGUGAAGAUGGCAUCAAUGCGAAAGGCGACCCAGGUGCUGAAAUCGAGAAAAGAACCGAAUUCCAAAACACUGCCACCGAUCAAGUCGAUGACAGCGGGCUUAGUCAAGAGCAGCUUCAUCUACAAGUAUCAAAGACUACUGAGAAUAAAGAAGUGCAAACUAUCGAAGUUGAGGCAAGUUGUGGUAGCAAGGACGAUAACGACAAUAAUGAUGAGACGCAAAGUAAUCGGCAAUGCGUGGUAGAUACCGAAGUUAUGGAACAAAUAGAAAACCUGAUAAUUGAAAUGGAUGAGUUGAGCGAGAAAUUGAACAGUAUUGAAAAAGCUUGGCGAAAAACCACCGAAGAUCCUAAUAAUAGUUUAUCGCAUGAGAUGCAAACGGAUACAUUGAUCAGUUACACGACACUGGCUCAACGGCGAGAUGUUCUGUGGGAGAAGCUGAAAAUGUCGUUUGUUUGGCCUAUGAUAGCCAAGUCUAAAAAUGCCAAAAUUUCCGAGUUGUCGGUUCCCGAUUCCAUUAAAGAAGUUUUCCAGCCCGGUUUUGUUUCACAUUCGAAUGAGAACUCGUCUCAAGAGCAACCAAUAACGCAACGAGAACCGUCACCACAUGUCUUACCAGUGGCUCCUGCGACUGUUCAGAGUGUAGAUGAACAGGCACCAUUGCCAUCUUCAACUUCGCUGACACCGAUACCGACAUUGCUUCCAGAUGCACGAGUCCAACUUGCACCACCACAGAUUGAAAAUUCUGCUGUCGAAUAUAGUGAAAAAUCUAUCCAAACAGACGAAGAUGAAUCGACGGCUGCGAACGCUGCUGCUAUCGUGGAAGUUGAUCGAUUACGUAAGCAUUUGAUAUCGGUGGAACAAGCUUACACUAAUGAGUUGCUACAAUGCGAAGAAGAAAUUCAAAUUUUACGAAACGAAUUGAAAAACAAGGAAGAAAAACUCAAUUCGAUUACCGAAUCGUAUACCUCAAUGAAUUUAUCUACUAAUAAAAACAUCGAACAGAGGCAACAAGAAGUGAAAGUUUUGGCUGAUGAGAAAGCUCAACUAACAACUCAACUGCGUAUUUGUCAAAAUGAUUUAGAAAAAACUCUAACCGAUUAUCACAAUUUACGAUCGGCGUUGGAUUUAUUUUACAAAAAUAAAGAUAGUGAAAUUUCGCAAGUAACAGAAAAGCUGAAAAAUCAGAUCCGUGUUCUGCAAAGUGAGAAAGAACGUCUACAGGAAACGCUCAAUGCUUCACGUAAUGAUAUCGAUAAUUACCAACAAAUGUUCCGGGCCAAUGAAUUUUUGAGGGAAACGCUGAAAAAGAAAGAAGAAGAAGCGAACGCCUUGAAGAUGAAAGUCGAUGAAUUGUCUCAACAGUUCGAGUGCACCGAAAAAAAUGUUUUUGCAAAAGCUGCAGGAUCGUUAGAUUCCUCCGAAGCUAACAUGAAAUUAAAUUUGAUCAAAAACAUCGCAUUCAGAUACAUAACGAGUGAUUUGUCGACAACCAAAGCGCAAUCAUUGAGAAUAUUAGCCGAUGUGUUGGAAUUUUCUGAUUAUGAAAAAAUGAAGAUCGGUAUAAUCAGCCAGCAAACAGGCGAAAAGAUAAAAAAUGAUCAAUCGCUCAUCGACGAAUUCAUCAGAUUUGUCGAAAAAGAGUCUCACCCUCACUCUAAUACCACACAAACAGAUACGAACCAACAAGUGGCUCGAAAAAAUCAGAUUACAGAUUCCACGUCGAAUCUGAUGCCUGCCGAGACGGUGACAGCGGCAGCGACGGUGAUGACAGCCAGUCCCUCGCCAAAUUUGCCCACCCAUGCUCUUACGUCCAGCUCCAUACUUAAAGACGCUCUCAAUUCACACGACGACGUUUAAUCAUCGCAAUCAACGUUGUAAUUAUAAUGAAAUUGCAUUUAAUUUCGGCGAUGCUGGUGGAAAUUUCAAGCGUCUUCUCGUUCUUUAACGUGAAACUUCAUCAAAUGGCCAUAGCUGCACCUACGCUUAUUAUGAUGUACAUUAUACUGUAAAUUAUUCUUCUCCCUCAGUUACCUCACUUCCACGCUCCAUGAAAUCUAGUACCUAUGUUGAGAUGUUGGAAUGUGGGUUAAAUGAAGUUUGUUUCCAAAUAUUUCGUUAAUAAAUGUUUUCUAAAAAAAAAA